AUGGGAAGAAUAUAUGUGCAAAGCAGAUGUCAGACUGGAGAUCUAUCUGAUUAUCAUUCUUCAGCUAGAUGUCGGAUGGAAAGCCUUCUUACUUGCUCAACCCGAGAGGAAUACUUUCACCUGAUUGAAUUAUUAGAAGCUCACGAAACCCCUAAAAUUGCAGAGAGCGACCUUGAGGAUUCAUUCCUCCACGCCGAUCUAGUUCCCGUGGUCAAGGUUCAAGAUCUAGAUCACGGGGAAGCAGUUUAUGAUGAUUCUAACUUCUAA